CACCAAAGCACAAUAAAGAAAUAAUUUUCUCUAACAAAACUCCAACCAAGCGCGAGGUUCUAAGGACUCUAAUGACAAUAUAUGAUCCACUGGGUCUAAUUGGGAACUUUUUGAUGUACUUGAAGGUUCUCCUACAAGAAAUAUGGAGAUCAGGUGUGGGCUGGGACGAUGAAAUUCCGACAAAAUUGGAUGAAAAGUGGAAAGUUUGGCUAUGUGUACUUCCUUCGGUUGAGCAAGUCCAGAUUCCCAGGUGUUACCGUCAAGUCACAGCCAUAGACAAAAACUACGUAACUCAGCUUCAUAUUUUUGUCGAUGCCAGUGAAAGUGGCAUGGCAGCAGUGGUAUACGUGAGGUUUGAACAGAACAGUCAAAUUGAAUGUGCGUUAGUUGGUUCGAAGACACGCGUAGCUCCAUUGAGGUAUCUAUCAAUACCGCGUAUGGAAUUGCAAGCAGCUGUAAUUGGAGUUCGCCUAGCUGAUACUAUCGCCAAGUCUCAUCGACUAACCAUAUCGGAACGAUUCUUUUGGACGGAUUCACGCGAUGUGAUAUGUUGGUUACAGUCUGAACAUCGACGUUAUAGUCAGUUUGUGGCCUGUAGAGUCAGCGAAAUUCUUGAGAGUUCGACCAUGAGCGAGUGGAGGUGGAUUUCAACAAAACUGAACGUGGCCGACGAGGGAACUAAGUGGCAGAAGGUGCCAGAUCUGAAACCGACGAGUAGAUGGUUCCGUGGAGUAGAAUUUCUAUGGAUGCCCAUGAGCGUUUGGCCACCUAGCGUGCACUCAGGAAGCACAACAGAAGAGCUUCGUUCCAAUAUAUUACAUCACACUAUUCAAGAGCCUGCAGUUUGUGUAGAGAGGUUCUCUAAAUGGAAAAGGUUACUUAGAACUGUAGCCUACGUCAAACGUUUUGUGUCUAUUUUACGCUGCAAGGUAGAAGGAAUGGCUAAACAAACGGGACCAUUAACUCAUGAAGAACUGAUUGCAGCAGAAUGGUUUGUCUAUAGCUUAGUUCAACGGCAGGUAUAUCCGGAAGAAGUAAGAAUACUGGCAGAUAUCAAAUCGGAUACGCAAAAUUGUAAGCGUUUACUUCCGAAGUCUAGUUUCCUGUACACACUUUGUCCAGUUGCAGAUGAUCGCGGCGUUCUGCGUGUGAAUGGACGAAUCAACGCUAUUAAGUUCGUGGGUGAUUUAACUAAGCGUCCGAUAUUGCUGCCGGAGAAGAACCGUAUUACCGAUCUCAUCAUUGGGGAUUACCAUUCGAAGUACUGUCAUUUAAAUCAUGCAACAGUUCUGAAUGAAAUUCGUCAGAAGUACCACAUUCCGAAGCUUCGUGCUGUGUAUAAUCGUGUACGCAAAAUGUGUCAACUGUGCAAAAUUCGUCGAGCGUGUCCUGUGCCUCCUCAAAUGGGAGAACUCCCAGAAGCCCGUUUAGCAGCAUUUACUCGGCCAUUUUCAUACACUGGCAUAGAUUAUUUCGGACCCAUGCAGGUCUCAGUCGGCAGAAGAGUAGAAAAACGGUGGGGAGUUUUGCUGACGUGCUUGACAGUUCGUGCUGUACAUAUAGAGCUAGCACACUCUAUGAAUACCGAUUCGUGCAUACUCGCACUUCGAAACUUUAUUGCGCGUCGAGGAUCUCCAGUUGAAAUUAUAAGCGAUCGAGGAACUAAUUUCAUUGGUGCAAAUCGUGAACUACGCGAGGCUUUGCAAAAUGUGAACCAAAACAAAUUGAUGGAGCAUUUUGUCAGUACGGAUAUGAAAUGGAAAUUUAACCCUCCAGCCUCACCACACUUCGGGGGUUGCUGGGAACGUUUGGUACAAUCCGUUAAGAAAAUCCUGAACCAGAUUAAUCCUAGUCGAAUUCCGUCCGAGGAGAUCCUGAGAAAUAUGCUAAUCGAGAUUGAAAUGAUCAUUAAUUCUAGACCACUCACCUACGUACCGCUAGAUACUGAAGAUGCACCCCCGAUUACACCAAAUCAUAUUUUAUUAGGAUCAUCUAACGGUACUAAACCCCCGAUCGCGUUUGAUGACAGACCGGUAGUUCUUAAGCAUUCAUGGAAGAUGUCACAACUUUAUGCAGACGAAUUCUGGAAGAAAUGGAUAGCUGAAUACCUUCCAACGUUAACGCGUCGAUCAAAAUGGUACCAGCCAGUCAAACCGAUAGAAGAAGGAGAUACUGUGGUUAUCGUUGACAACAAUCUUCCGCGAUGUAGUUGGCCGAAAGGGCGAGUUGUGUCAGUCGUUCGAUCAACCGACGGCCAGGUUCGUCGAGCUACCGUUCAAACUGCACAUGGCCUGUACGAGAGACCGGCGGUGAAGAUAGCGGUUUUAGAUGUCGGUUCAAAUGCAAGUAAGUCGAAUGAAUAAUCACGACGUACUGACGGGGACUGUCGCAAACUUGGUUGCGGUGAACCUCCAUUUGAAAACCUUGAGCUACGGAUAUAUAUGAAAAACCUUUGAAUCAUACAUCUUGGUCUGAAAUGUCAGCUGCAUGAGUAGGCACAUUUGAUUGCUUAUAAGAUAAAAGAACGACAGUAAGAUUAGUGGAAGACAUAGUAGUUCAGUUGCUAAAUCUUAACCUAAAGUGGAAGUCAUCUUAACAGCUAGGUAGAAGCUAGGUGAGGAUUAAAAUCUGAUUAUGAAUAGUUUAAAAUUCUUAAUGACUAAUUAUAUUAAUUAGGCAAACAGCGUAUUUCUUAUUUAAUAGUAGUUACGGAUUGAAUUUAUAAAAGCUGCUAAAGGUAAAAUCGAAACCUAUAUCUAAAAAACAUGUGUGAAUUUAACCUAAAACUAUAUUGUAGCCCUUCAGCGUACGAUAGUGCAACGAUUUAGAAGUAAGAGCAAAUAGAAAAACACUAAACGAUUUUUUUAACCCUUCGCACGGGCGUUGAUAAAUAUAUUGGGUUAAAGGAUUGGAAACCGGUCUGUCUUUUGCUCCGAAAACAUUUCGUGACAGUAAG